AUAAUGAUUAAGUUAACAAAACAAUAUAAUUUAGAAGGUUUCUCAUUAAUAAUACCGUCAGUGGCAGUUGGUAAUGUCGCACAAUUAACUGUUGAUCUGUUAAUCUCUAAUCUUAACCUCCAAAGAAUUGGUCAAAUUGUGACUUCUGCUUUUAUACCCAUUGUUGGAUUGGAUCCUUAUGCAAAAACAUCUGAACAUUUAUGUACAGCAGUUGAUUUAUAUGCAGGACUUGAAAAUAAAAUACUUGUUGUACAAAUUCGUUCACCGUUCGUCAAAUCGUUAAAUAAUUUUUAUCAUAGUUUGUUACAGUUUAUUACAGCAAAUAAAAUAUUUAAGAUAGUAAUACUGACAAGUAGCUAUGCAUAUGAAAAAACAGAUACUCAAAUAAAUACUACAGAAUUAAGAUACAUUGCAUCUCCCAGUAUAUUAAGUAAUAACAAAGAAAUUUUCGAUGAUUCUAAAUGGCUCCAAUAUGAAUCUAAAUCAUCUUGUCCAAGCGAACAACAGAUAUCAUGUAUUCCAGGAGGAGGCUUUGCAACUAAUUUAUUUAAUUUUCUUUUAAACAAUAAUGUACCGUGUAUAAUAUUGUUUAAAUUUUGCUCAGAAGGAGAUAAUAUUCCAGAUGCAUUAGAUUUAUUAAAUUAUUUGAAUCAAUGGAUGAAGUUACUAAAAAUGAAUUCUAGUGGAUCUUUAGAUGUGAAGUAUCCACUAUCAUGGAAAUAUUUAUUUGGAAAUGCACCAUCGUCUGAGAUAUAUUAAAUAAAAUACUAUAAAUAUAUAUUAUAAAAUUAUUUGUAUAAAAUUGCUUAUUUCUUUCAACAGCAUCUCUCAUAUAUGUUAUUGCAA